UUUGUAGAGCAGCUAUGAGAAAUUCCCACUGAAACCUGGAUAUACUGAUGACUACUGCUGCUUUGUAAUUCAGAAAAACAAAUAUUGGCAGCUAAUAUGGAUGAUCUUUCAUCUGCACUCAUGGAAAUUUAAACACAAAGCAUCUCAGGAAGUGACAGCAGUCAUUCUUCCCUUCUGUCUUCCUGUCCACACCCACACUUGUCAAAAAGAGAUGAUCUGCAGUGGAGAUUUGGUAUGCUGAAUUUGGGUGCACAUGAAGAUGGUGUCAUAAAGUGAUUCCACCUGCCCACUAGGUUUUUGAUUUACAAAAGUCCUGGUAGAAAAUACAACUAAAACAGGAGUCAAAAAGAAGAAACUACCUGCUUUCCAGAGCUGCUGAGAUUCUUUGAAAGGAUGGGGAACUGCCUACCAAAAAUGAGCCUAGAAUCAUGUGCCGACCUCAGGAGGAGGAGACGCCCACACCAGCAUGCACAGGCCCAGGGAAGUGCCCCAGCUGCCACUAAGUCUCAUCUAGGAACCCCCAUCGCAGACCAAGACCCUGCUAUGGACAAUCUUGAAGAAAGAGACUUGACUCAUCCUAAUGAGAUAUGCUACGCCACCAUCAAUCAUGGCCUUACGGAACCCCCCCCCAUGAUAAACAGCAACCAUGAAACUGAAUAUGCCUUAAUCUGCAUGCCUGCCAAGAAAGUGACUUUUACCGGUCACCAGGACAAUGAAUAUGAUUAUGUCCUGAUAAGUUAGGAAACCUGCUCCUCUCUUUACUGCACCAAAGGAGCCUGCAUAUUCUAAGCAACUAGGAUGCGUCUUCCAAACCAUUUUCCCAGUGACAUCAACACUUACAAUAAACCCAGGGGCAUCCCUUUAACAUACACAGCCUAUACUUUGGGGUAGUCCUGCCAUUCACUGUUCAAGUGACAUUUUACCAUAACAGAUUUAACACAAUGAAAUUUACACAACAUGAUGCUGGGACUAGUUGGGUAACAAAGCAACACGAAUCAACAAUAUCUGCCCAUUGCAAGAUGGUAUAGUAAUUUAGGAGCUUCAUUAUUAGAAGCUGCUAAGGCUUUCAGUCCUCUUUGCAGAGUUUUAAAUAAUUGCACAAUUUAUUUUAGAAGGGGACUAGUGAACAUUUCCAGUGACCCAACUGUUGGUGAAAAUUUCAGUGACUCUGGUAAAACCUCACCAGAAUGCUUGUUUACUUAAAUUAUAAAACAAAGACCUACAGUGCCCUUGCACUGGCUGAUCUUGCUGUAGGAUGGUGUGGGUACAGAGCUGUGGUGGUUAAUUUGACCAUCCGUACAGUGGUUUUACAACCUGUGACCCAGAUCUCAGAGAAGUCUUAAUGAAGUUGCUUUUGAAUGAAGAAAUAAAAUUACACUGCUGAGGAUUCAUGUGCAAAUAAUGCUAUCGCUAGUCAUACUCACUGCCACCACCUAAAACAAGAUGAAGUCUUACCAUGGAACCUAAUGCUGACUUCAAAUGCACAUGUGCUAUCCCUGUCAUUUCCAAUAGGAGCUCCGCUGGGACACAGCUCUUGCAAUUCACUGCACUCCUGGCUUGCAGCACCAUAUUGCAGAUUUGCAUAUUGCAGCACAGCCUACAGAUGGAGUCAUAACUUCUGCCCGCAGUUUUGAAAAUGUAACUAGUCCUGGCCAGCAGAAGCCCUACCUCCCUACUGUUCCAGUCCUGGGAUUUUUCCAGAGACACACAAAUAUGACAUUUUUGAGAUGGAUAAAGGUCUACAGUCAACUAGAUGAGACAGCUGAACUCAUUUUGUCUUGCAAUUUCAGCGAGACUGAAAACCAAGUAUUAAACAGAUUAGAAGAAUUAAUGCUGUGACACUAAGCCCCCUGUAUCCUUGCCUGGAUAUUUGAAUGCCUUCAAAUUCUGUAUUAGAACACAUCUGGAAAAACACAUAUUGUGUCUUUUUUCUGGUUUUGAACUUCCCAUGUACAUAAUUGCUGACAGUACCUCCAGCAUUUCUGUGCCUAACUCCUCCCUCGUUUGCAGCUCAUUCAUCGUAAUAUCGUCACAUCUCCGUGCUACUUCUUUGAAAGACAGCUAGGACUCAUGAGUCAUGGAAACUCAGCCAGCAUUGCACAGACAUUGCUAAGGCAAGGCAGUCUUAUCUGCAUCUGGAGUUUCUGCACACCAGCAGAGAGGAGAGCUGCAUUUAGAGCACCGUAGAGAACAUGCUACCAUUGGUUGUUGUACAGAGGACAAUAGACAGAGUUAUCAGGACUAAAUUUUCUCGUCCCCUUUCAUUUUGGUUCCAGGAUCUUGGACAUUACAUUCAAAUUAGUAAAGCAUUUUAAAAAAUAUACUAGCCAAAUUAUUGUAUAUUUUCAUGUUGGAUAACAUUAAAACCCAUUCAUCUGCCA